AUGUCGUCGACAGUCGCUGCCGAAUCAUCGAUGGAGAUGAUUCGACGCGUUUAUACAAAUUCUUGGUUUCAGAUCCUUCUAAUCAGCUUUAUUUGUUUCUGCUGCCCUGGUAUGUACAAUGCCCUCUCCGGCUUUGGAGGAUCCGGUCAGGUCGACCCAACUGUAGCAGCCAAUGCUACAGUUGCCCUAAUGUCUGCCACUGCCGGAACCGCUCUGUUCGUCGUGGGACCAAUAUUUGAGCGGGUAGGGCCUCGUGUUUGCCUUCUCCUUGGCGGAUGGACAUAUGCCCUGUAUUCGGGUAGCUUGCUGAAUUUCAACUAUGACAAAAAUGGAGCGUUUGUCAUUGCGUCCGGUGCUCUCCUGGGUGUAGGUGCCUCGUUCUUAUGGGUAUCCCAGGGUGCAAUUAUGACAACCUACGUUCCCGAAUCUCAGAAGGGGCGAGCAAUCGCCGUGUUUUGGAUCAUUUUCAACCUCGGCGGCGGAGUUGGCUCUCUCGCUAGCUUUGGCCUCAACUUCCACUCCAAGACCAGCACUAUAUCGGAUGCAACGUACAUUGCUCUGCUUGUGAUUAUGCUGGUCGGGUGGGUGCUGGGACUUUUGAUAUGCACUCCAUCAGCGGUGCGAGUGAAAGGGAUACAUACAACUGCAAGUGAGAAACCCAACUGGCGACAGACAGCACGACUUGCAUUACGCACAGUAUCUGACUGGAGGGUUAUCUGCAUGUUGCCUUUGUUCUUCUCCGCGAACGUGCCCUAUUCAUAUCAGCAAAACGAGGUGAAUGGUAUGAACUUCAACAUUCGAACUCGAUCCUUGAAUGGUGCACUAUACUGGAUGGCUCAGAUGCUAGGUGGCUUGAUCAUGGGCUGCUUGCUCGAUAUGCCAUGGCUGACCCGCCGAUGGCGUGCUGUGGCGGGCUGGGUAACCCUGUUUGUAACUGGGAUGGCUAUCUGGGGCGGUGGCUACAAAUUUCAGCUGUGGUCUACUCAUCGUAUAGCACAAGGACUGAAACAAAACAUUGACUAUACGAAUGGAAGUCUCUCAGCCGGCCCCAUCAUCUUGUAUAUCUGCUACGGAGCAUAUGAUGCCCUUUGGCAAUCUUUUUGUUACUGGUUGAUUGGUGCCCAGUCUAAUUCUCCUGCUAGAACUGCUAUAAUGGUUGGUGCUUAUAAGACCUUUCAGUCUACUGGAGGUGCCAUGGCGUGGAGAUUGAAUGCCUUGAGAAAGACGGCCAUGACUCAGUUUGCUAUGGACUGGGGACUUUGCAUCGGUUCGCUACUGAUUGUCAUUCCUACCGUCUGGGCCAUUACCUCAACAAAUGUUGGCGAGGAAGACGUUGUUGCCGAAGUGGCGGAGAAGGAUGUGAAGCAACCUUUACCGUGA